AGGAUUAGUUGAAAAUCUCGACUUAUCAAGAGCGGCAGUAGCAGCAACAUCAGCAGCAGCAGCAGCUGUACCACAAGCUCGAAGCAAGCACACACAUUGCGGACAUAAUAAUACUAUAUAUACUAUUUUGGGAAGAGAUCAGCUUCAGCUCUUGGUGUAUGCACUAGGAAUAAUUUGAAAUCAGCAAGCAGGCAAAUAAAAAGCACAUGUUGCAAAGACUACUACUACAAUAGCUGAUAACACGCGAAGUGGAUUGAAGUGAAACUAAAAUCAUAAUCGUCGCAGUUCAACACUCUCUUGAACCUGAUUUGUUUGCUUCAUCAAUGAAUUCGCACAAGUCCAAAGCCAGCAUGGCCCAGCUGAACAGUAUUCUCUCGAGCCUGCUGCUGUUGUCCCUCUGGUUGGCAUCUUGCUGCGCCGUGUCCAGCACUUGGGGCAACAUUUCCAAUUCGGCGCAAUUGCUGCAUGUGGAGAACGUGUUGAAUGGUUCCUCGCCGGGCAAAUAUGUGGAUCACGAGAUUAAAUAUCCGACAAAUGGAAUUGGUAAUGGUCGUAUCAUCUCGGGCAUCCGGGCAUUUGACCAGGUGACAAACAACACUGGAGGCCAUGCUACGAUUUACUCUGGAGGCCCCGGCUUUAAUUUUGUCCACAUCAAACUACAAUCGCAGUAUAAUUAUGGCUUAAUAUUUCGCGUUGAGAUCUAUGGAAAUUGAAUUAACCCUAACGAAUUACAAACAAAAAAGAAAAUAAAAUAUAUAACUAACUAACUAACUAUCUAUAUUCUAUAAUAAACAACUCGAGAUGCGAGCAAAGAGUUUGUAAACAGUUGACUAAGUUAGUUGAUUAAGUCUUAAAUGUACACACGAUUAAAUAAAUAUCCAUAGACGGCUGAUUUUAGCAUCGGUUUGAAUUAUU